GCUGGGAAUCUUCAUCUGGGGUCUGGGAAAAUGGCCAACGCCUUGCGUGGGUGCAGCCAAAAGGACAAGCAGUGGAUGGGGGCCAACUAAAGGACGAGCAGAGAGCAAGAGAGAUAUAGAGCGAGCGAGAGAUACAGCGAAUCGUAAUCCUUGCAGCUGCAGAGCAGAUAAAAUCACGUAUCCGCCAUGGAGCCCGUGAUGAGUCUGGCAUUGGCCGCCCACGGACCGCCUAGCAUACUGGAGCCGCUGUUUAAAACCGUAACCACGAGCACAACGACCACCACGACCACCACGACCAGCACCACGACGACGACGAGCAGUCCUGCUGGAUAUGGGCCGGGAUAUCCGGGGGGCACCACCCUCCUGACGGCCCUGCUCGAGAAUCUCACAUCGACGGCGGCCAGCGGACUGUACGAUCCCUACUCCGGCAUUUAUGGCAAUCAGACGAACGGCACCAUGGGCUUCGAGACGAAGGGACCCCGCUACUCACUGGCCUCCAUGGUGGUCAUGGGCUUCGUGGCGGCGAUUCUGAGCACGGUGACGGUGGCGGGCAAUGUCAUGGUGAUGAUAUCCUUCAAGAUCGACAAACAGCUGCAGACGAUCAGCAACUACUUCCUGUUCUCGCUGGCCAUCGCGGAUUUUGCCAUCGGGGCGAUAUCAAUGCCGCUGUUUGCGGUGACCACAAUCCUGGGCUACUGGCCCCUGGGUCCCAUCGUUUGCGACACCUGGCUGGCACUGGACUACCUGGCCUCGAACGCCUCAGUUCUGAACCUGCUGAUCAUCAGUUUCGAUCGGUACUUCAGUGUCACGAGACCGCUGACAUAUCGCGCCAAGAGGACCACCAAUCGGGCGGCUGUGAUGAUCGGCGCCGCCUGGGGCAUUAGCCUGCUCCUCUGGCCACCGUGGAUCUACAGCUGGCCCUACAUCGAGGGCAAGCGGACCGUGCCCAAGGACGAGUGCUACAUCCAGUUCAUCGAGACCAACCAGUACAUCACCUUCGGCACGGCACUGGCCGCCUUCUACUUCCCGGUCACCAUCAUGUGCUUCCUCUACUGGCGCAUCUGGCGCGAGACGAAAAAGCGGCAGAAGGACCUGCCCAACCUGCAGGCGGGCAAGAAGGAUUCCAGCAAGCGAUCGAACAGCAGUGACGAGAACACGGUGGUUAACCACGCGCCCGGCAACCUGCUGGCCUUCACCCAAAUGGGUGGCAACGAUCACGACACCUGGCGACGACCGCGCUCCGAGAGUUCAGCGGAUGCGGAGAGUGUCUACAUGACCAACAUGGUCAUCGACUCCGGCUACCAUGGGAUGCACUCGCGCAAGUCAAGCAUCAAAAGCACGAACACAAUCAAAAAAUCGUACACCUGCUUCGGCAGCGUCAAGGAGUGGUGCAUCGCGUGGUGGCACUCCGGUCGCGAGGACUCCGACGAUUUCGCCUACGAGCAGGAGGAGCCUUCUGAUUUAGGGUAUGCAACACCAGUAACAAUUGAAACUCCUUUACAAAGCUCCGUCUCCAGAUGCACCUCGAUGAACGUGAUGCGGGACAACUACUCGAUGGGCGGCAGUGUGAGCGGCGUCCGUCCGCCCAGCAUUCUGCUGUCGGAUGUCUCGCCCACGCCGCUGCCACGCCCACCGCUCGCCUCCAUUUCGCAGCUGCAGGAAAUGAGUGCGGUUACGGGCAAUGGCAAUCCGAUUGCGAAUGCGAAUUCCAGCAGCAAUGGCAAUGGCGCCAUCAACAACAACAACAACAGCAGCAAUCACAAUGGCAAUGGCACGGCAAAUGGAAAUGGCGGCGCUGGCGGAAACGGAAGUGGGGCAGCCGGAAAUGCAUCGCACCGCGACUCACGCACGCUGCCCGUGAUCAAUCGCAUUAACUCACGGUCGGUGAGCCAGGAUUCGGUGUACACGAUACUCAUCCGCCUGCCAUCCGAUGGAGCAUCCAGCAAUGCGGCCAACGGAGGAGGAGCUGGCAGUGCAGGUGGUGGAGGAGGAGGAGGAGGAGGAGGCUGUGGAGGAGCUGCCUCGACAACCUUGAGCCUGCAAGGCGACUGUGCACCCUCCAUCAAGAUGAUACACGAGGAUGGGCCCACGACGACGUCGGCAGCUGCCCUGCCAGUCGCCUCCGCCGCCGCCGCUGCCGCCACCCGGCGACCUUUGCCCUCGCGAGACUCCGAGUUCAGCCUGCCACUCGGCAGGAGGAUGUCCCAUGCCCAGCACGAUGCCAGGCUACUCAACGCCAAGGUCAUACCCAAGCAGCUGGGCAAGGGGGCGGUGGGCGCCGGCGGAGUGGGCGGGGCCCAUGCCCUAAUGAACGCCCGCAAUGCGGCCAAGAAGAAGAAGAAAUCGCAGGAAAAGCGGCAGGAGUCGAAGGCGGCCAAGACGCUCUCGGCCAUCCUGCUGAGCUUCAUCAUCACGUGGACGCCGUACAACAUCCUGGUGCUCAUCAAGCCACUGACCACCUGCUCCGACUGCAUACCCACGGAGCUGUGGGACUUCUUUUACGCCCUCUGCUACAUCAACUCGACGAUCAACCCCAUGUGCUAUGCCCUGUGCAACGCCACCUUCCGGAGGACCUACGUCCGGAUCCUCACCUGCAAGUGGCACACCCGGAAUCGCGAGGGCAUGGUGCGCGGCGUCUACAACUAGAUAAUUCACACUUAAUCAUAGUUACCCAUCUGCCCAGUGAGAAAGUUAGAGGGAUAACCGGUGUUAACUACUAGCAGUUGCAAUAAGUGUUGUGUGCUACAAUUUUUGGGAGGCAGUAAAACCAAAACUAGGCUUAGCGAUUACCCAUUGACAAGCAGUACUGAUUUUUUGAUGUCUAGCCCCCGACUAUAUACACGCAUUACCAUUCCGCGAGGGUUGCCAUAUAUUUAUUUGCCAGAACUGAGAGGGGACAUCAAUCCAUUCUUAGAUAGUUUAAAAAGGUUCUUCUUCUUUUAAGAUCACUUUGUUCUUGAUCUCAGAUCACCUUUCCUUCUCUGAAUGCGUAAAAGUUUUAAGUUGUCACAAUCAAGGCCAACCAACUGCUUCCAAGUAUGCCAAAGAUCUCAUUUAUUAAUUUAAUUUCCAAGGCAACCCUUUACGCACCUGGCUAAAGAGCAAAGAGUUAUCACCGAUGAUCAUGAUCCCGAAAAGCGAGAGAAUCCAUUUUGUUAGGCGUUUACGUACUGUUAGGUAGGCACAUGCUCGAUGCAAGAAGAAUUUAAUACAAAUAUAAUGGAUUACGAUUUGCAAUUCAUACACAUACACAUAUAUAAGGAUAUAUAUUUAUUAUUAUACACACGGCAAAUGAGUUAGCUUAAGUUGUUCGGCGAAAGGCAGAGAGGCAGAAACCCAAAAAGCUUUAAUACAAGUUCAAAGUAGUUCAACGAAUGGCGGUUGCAUCUUGGCCAACCAAUGGAAACGUUAUGUUCUCGUUCCGAUUUUCGUUGUGUAGGUUGGGGGGACAUGAUAUGAUAGGAUAUGACAUGUAUUUAAUCGUAGGGGGAAUAUUGUGAUUGUACUGCUCGUUUUCGAUAGUUUGAAUCAGUUUUUUUUUGUACAUGUGCGUAGAAACCAAAAAGUAAAACUAAAAAAAGUAAAAACCAAACCAAACCGUGCAAAUCAAUUUGUAGACACAUACCUGCUAAUAUAUCUGAAUAUGUAUGUAUAAAAUUACGAUUAUUUGUAUGUAUUAAGAACGCAACCCACCAUGGUUCAACAACUAAGAACAAACCUUUUGUAACUGAUGAUGAGCGGAUUGGCAUGAUCUAUGUAAAACCAAGAGUAAAAUCAGUAACGCAAGCAAUAUGUUUGGGGCGUCUGUCGAAGAGAUGGCCCAGUUGAGGGAGGAUCAAGGACAUGGGGCGGGGAUCGGGGAUCAAGGAUCAGGGAUCAGGGAUCAGGAUCACUAGACGGAAUAGUAUUUAAAUAACCCUUACACUAGGUUGUGCUGAAAGUGGCCAACCCUUCGACUGGCGGACCAUCUCUUUGGACAACAUCCUCGAAUCGUACCACAACUCAUAGCUAUUAAACCAAAUGCUUCUUCGAAGUGCACCAAUUCAAGUAACUUAUUAAUAGUACAUAAACCGCAAGCAUAUUUAAAGCAUAUGAGAGAGUAAAAUACAUACAGUAUAAGCAAAAGACAUCCAGGUACUACGAUAUAUAUUCGAUGCGAUUGGGGAGAGAACAUUUUUAAUGAGUGUGUAGGUAAAACUAAUUGAAAAAUUAACAAAUUGUUGGCCCCCCUUCAUCCAAGUCGAAUGGAAAUGAUAAUGGGGGGCCUAGACGCGGAUGCGAGUGCGAAUCAAGCCGAAAUCAAAGCGACAUUUGUAGUGUCUGUGACACAAUACGCAUAUUUAUACCUAAACAAUACGAUAUAUACAAGUACAUAUAUAUGAAUACGACCUUUAAUAUGAAGUAAUGAACAACAACCAACCAACAAACCCAAAAGACAUGAUUUACAACCACGCACACACAUCCUAAUGAAGCAUAUAGUACUGCAACCUGCAAACUGCAAACAAUAUAUAUCCGACUAAAUCCAAUCGCAAGUCGAGCAAACCAAUCCAAAAUACCUACAUAUAGCCUUUAGACGUACAUACAUAUAUAAUCUCGGCCCGUGCCGGACACUCGAUUACAAAUAGAUCACGUUUUUGACUACCAGCGAAAAGGUUUGACAUAUAGGAUUACUGAUUACCGGUUACAGAUUACAGAGCAAGAACAGAUGGACAGCAUUUUGGUGAAGAGAGCAGAUUUAAUUGCAUACAAUCUAAUUGUUUGGAAAUAUACUACGAUAUAUAGUAAUACAUAUAUAAUUUAAAGCUAACAAUAAAAAAUGUGAAUGAAAAAUAA